AUGGCCCCACAGGAAUUUGAACACCUGUGCAUAACCAUGACGAAGUUCAUCCGCAUCGGCAUCGCGGAUAAGAAUGACAACCCGCCGUACUUCGACAAGGCGCUGUACGAGGCAGAGGUGGACGAGAAUGAGGACAUCCAGCACACGGUGCUCACCGUCACCGCCAAGGACCACGACGAGUCGUCCCGUAUUCGAUAUGAGAUCACGAGCGGGAACAUAGGCGGAUCCUUCGCUGUGAAGAACAUGACGGGCGCCAUCUACGUGGCGGGCCCGCUGGACUACGAGACGAGGAAGAGGUACGAGCUGCGGCUGGCGGCGUCGGACAACCUGAAGGAGAACUACACAACGGUGGUGAUCCACGUGAAGGAUGUGAACGACAACCCGCCAGCGUUCGAGCGGCCGACCUACCGCACGCAGAUCACUGAGGAGGACGACCGCAACCUGCCCAAGCGUGUCCUCCAGGUGACAGCCACUGAUGGGGACAGGGAUCGACCACAAAAUAUUGUGUACUUUUUGACGGGUCAAGGUAUUGACCCUGAUAAUCCAGCCAACAGCAAAUUUGACAUAAACAGGACAACUGGGGAAAUAUUUGUUCUCAAGCCCCUGGACAGAGACCAGCCAAAUGGACGCCCUCAAUGGAGGUUUACAGUAUUUGCUCAAGAUGAGGGUGGUGAAGGUCUUGUUGGAUAUGCUGAUGUACAAGUCAACUUGAAAGACAUUAAUGACAAUGCACCAGUGUUCCCUCAGGGAAUUUAUUUCGGAAAUGUAACAGAAAAUGGAACUGCAGGAAUGGUUGUCAUGACAAUGACUGCAGUGGAUUAUGAUGACCCGAAUGAAGGAUCUAAUGCCAGGCUUAUAUACUCCAUUGAGAAGAAUGUUAUAGAAGAGGAAACUGGUUCUCCAAUAUUUGAAAUAGAAUCAGAGACUGGUGUAAUCAAGACAGCUGUAUGUUGCCUUGAUCGUGAACGAACUCCAGAUUAUUCCAUCCAGGUGGUGGCCAUGGAUGGAGGAGGGUUAAAAGGGACUGGAACAGCGUCCAUAAGAGUUAAAGAUAUAAAUGACAUGCCUCCACAAUUCACAAAAGAUGAAUGGUUCACUGAAGUAGACGAGACUGAUGAGACAAACCUUCCUGAGACUCCUAUUCUUACUGUGACUGUGCAUGAUGAAGAUGAAACAAAUAAAUUCCAGUAUAAGGUUCUUGAAAAUAGUGGCUAUGGUGCUGACAAAUUUACAAUGGUGAGGAAUAAUGAUGGAACAGGUUCACUGAAAAUUGUUCAACCACUUGAUUAUGAGGAUCAGAUGCAGAGCAAUGGUUUUAGGUUUAGAAUACAAGUCAAUGAUAAGGGUGAAGAUAAUGACAAUGAUAAAUACCAUGUGGCCUACUCAUGGGUUGUUGUCAGGUUAAGGGAUAUUAAUGACAAUAAACCUCAAUUUGAACGUCCCAAUAUUGAAGUUUCAGUAUAUGAAAAUGCUGAACUGGGAAAAAGCUUAGAAACCUUCAAGGCAACAGACCCUGACCAAGGAGGAAAGAGCAAAGUGAAAUACGCAAUAGACCGCACUUCAGAUCGUAAACGACAGUUUGCCAUCAGUCAAGAUGGUAUUGUGUCAAUUCAGAGGAAUCUUGACAGAGAAGAAACACCACGACAUCAAGUUAAAGUUCUCGCAAUUGAUGAUGGCAUUCCCCCAAAGACAGCAACAGCUACAUUAACUGUAAUUGUUCAGGACAUAAAUGAUAAUGCCCCUACAUUCCUGAGAGAUUAUAGACCUGUACUUCCUGAACAUGUUCCUCCCAGAAAAGUUGUAGAAAUACUGGCAACUGAUGAUGAUGACAGGUCAAAGAGUAAUGGGCCUCCUUUUACAUUCCGGAUGGACCCCAAUGCAGAUGAUGUUAUACGAGCAUCCUUCAAAGUCGAACAUGAUCAGAAGGGUGCUAAUGGUGAUGGCAUGGCAGUUGUCUCAUCCCUUCGAUCAUUUGACCGAGAGCAGCAGAAAGAAUAUUUGAUUCCAAUUGUAAUAAAGGAUUCUGGAAAUCCUGCCAUGUCAGGGACCAGCACACUAACUGUUGUCAUUGGAGAUGUUAAUGAUAACAAAAUGCAGCCAGGCUCCAAAGAUAUAUUUGUAUAUAAUUAUAUGGGUCAGGCACCAGAUACAGAAAUUGGAAGGGUUUAUGUGUAUGAUCUGGAUGACUGGGAUUUACCAGACAAAAAGUUUUACUGGGAAGGUGCUGAACAUCCAAGAUUUAAACUUAAUGGAGAUACCGGAAUGAUAACAAUGCGUCAUGGAACACAAGAUGGGAGGUAUAACUUGCGAUUCAAAGUAUAUGACAGAAAACACACUCAAACAGAUGUGCAGGCAAAUGUGACUGUGACUGUACGAGAAAUACCUCACGAAGCUGUUAUAAAUUCAGGGUCAGUUCGAAUUGCAGGAUUAUCAGAUGAAGAUUUUGUAAGAGUUUGGGAUUACAGAACACAGAGUCUUCAACGUAGCAAAGCUGAUCGUUUCCGCGAUAAACUUGCUGAACUUCUGGAAACAGAAAGAGAAAAUGUAGAUGUUUUCAGUGUUCAGCUCCGUAAAAAGCAUCCACCAAUUACAGACAUCAGAUUUUCUGCUCAUGGAUCACCUUAUUACAAGCCUGUGAGACUGAAUGGCCUAGUCCUAAUGCACAGAGAAGAGAUUGAGAAGGAUGUUGGAAUCAAUAUAACUAUGGUUGGUAUAGACGAGUGCCUUUAUGAAAAUGUUAUGUGUGAAGGGAGUUGUACAAAUGUGUUGGAUAUUAGUAACCUUCCUUACAUGGUUAAUGCUAAUAAAACAUCACUAGUUGGUGUUCGAGUAGAUGUUAUAGCUGAAUGCACAUGUGGUGCCAGAAAUUUUACCAAAGGAGAAAAUUGCCGGACAAGCCCUUGCUACAAUGGUGGUCGUUGCAUGGAGCGUAAAUAUGGACUGAGUUGCUCUUGUCCCAGUGGUUACAAUGGACCAAGAUGUCAGCAGACUUCACGUAGUUUCAGGGGGAAUGGUUGGGCUUGGUAUCCUCCACUUGAAAUGUGUGACAAUUCCCAUCUGAGUCUUGAAUUUAUUACUAAGAAAAAAGAUGGGAUGCUGUUGUAUAACGGACCAAUAGUGCCUCCUGAGACUAAUGAAGUUUUAGUGUCAGAUUUUAUUUCACUGGAGCUUGAAGGUGGAAUGCCAAAGCUGUUCAUUAAUUUUGGUUCAGGAACAUUGGAGUUGAGAGUUAAAACAAAAAAGACAUUAGAUGAUGGAGAAUGGCAUAAUAUUGAUAUUUUCUGGGAUACAGAGAAUGUACGUUUGGUGGUGGAUUACUGCAAAUCAGCUGAUGUAGUAGAGCUGGAGGAUGGGACGCCACCAGAAUUUGAUGAUUCUAGCUGCCAAGCACAUGGAACAGUGCCACAAUUCAAUGAGUACCUAAAUGUCAAUGCUCCUUUACAGAUUGGUGGUUGGUAUGUGCAAAAUUUUGAAGCAGAACUAUAUGAAUGGACAACAUUACCAUCAGGCAAAGGUUUCGAUGGAUGUAUCAAAAAUGUGUUUCACAACAGUAAGCUGUAUGAUCUAGCACACCCAGGACUCUUUCGGAACAGUGUCGCAGGCUGUCCUCAAACAGAAGCACUAUGUGAAGCACAAGAUGCAACUGCUCGUUGCUGGGAACAUGGUUCUUGUGUGGGUAGCUUUUCACAAGCCCGCUGCAAAUGUGAACCAGGAUGGACAGGACCUAGUUGUACUGUUCCAACUAUACCUGCAACUUUCAGAACUCAGAGUUAUGUGAAAUAUGCUCUCUCUUUUGAGCCUGACCGUUUCACCACACAGGUGCAGUUACGGUUUCGCACUAGAGAGGAACGUGGUGAACUAUUCAGAGUUAGUGAUCAGCACAAUCGGGAGUAUGGUAUCCUUGAGAUAAAAGACAGUCGACUUCACUUCCGAUAUAACCUUAAUAGUCUGCGGACAGAAGAAAGGGAUAUCUGGCUAAGUGCAGUCACUGUGGAUGAUGGGCAAUGGCACACAGCAAAGGUCUCCCGGUAUGGUUCAGCAGCUACACUUGAGCUUGAUGGUGGAGAAGGGCGAAGAUACAAUGAAACAUUUAUAUUUGAAGGGCAUCAGUUACUUCUGGUGGACAAGCAAGAAGGUGUCUAUGCAGGUGGAAAAGCUGAAUACACAGGUGUACGAACAUUUGAGGUUUACGAUGAUUAUCAGAAAGGUUGUUUGGAUGACAUUCGACUAGAAGGCAAGCACCUUCCUCUUCCUCCAGCAAUGAACGGAACACAGUGGGGACAAGCAACAAUGGCACGGAAUCUGGAACGCAAUUGUCCAUCAAAUAAUCCCUGUGCAAAUGUUUUGUGCCCAGAUCCAUUUGAAUGUGUUGACUUGUGGAAUGACUAUGAAUGCACAUGUCCUACUGGAUUCCGAAUACAAGGCAGAGAGUGUGUGAACAUAAACGAAUGUGAAUUGCGUCCAUGCCUCAAUGGAGGUCGUUGUGUCGACUUUUCUGAUGAACGUCGCUAUGCCUGCCUUUGUCCACCUGGUUUUAAAGGCAUCCACUGUGAACUGGAACAACUUGAGUCUGGAAUCAUCAAACCUUCAACAGGUUUCAUCACAGCCAUCAUAAUUUGUCUCAUUCUAUUACUAAUACUGGUACUUGUGUUUGUCGUAUACAAUCGCCGACGUGAAGCUCGUAUCAAGUAUCCUGAACCAGACGAUGAUGUGAGAGAAAAUAUUAUUAAUUAUGAUGACGAAGGUGGUGGUGAAGAUGAUAUGACAGCAUUUGACAUUACACCUCUUCAAAUACCAAUUGGUGGACCCAUUCCAGAGAUGCAACCAAAACUUACAUUUCCUCCACUGGGCCCAGAGCCAAACAUAGGAGUGUUUAUAGAAGAACAUAAGAAGAGAGCUGAUGCUGACCCAAAUGCUCCACCAUUUGAUGAUCUAAGAAAUUAUGCAUAUGAGGGUGGUGGAAGUACUGCAGGGUCCUUGUCUUCUUUAGCUUCUGGUACAGAUGAUAAUGAACAAGAAUUUGACUACCUCGGAACCUGGGGUCCACGAUUUGACAAACUAGCAGACAUGUAUGGUCAGGAAGGGGAAGAAAGUGAGGAGGAUGAAGAACAAUUUGCAGCCCAUCAGCAUCAGCACAGCUCAUCACAUAUUGUACCACCAUAUUCUUGAUCAGCUGCCAAAAUGUCUCAUAGUUCUGGGAGUUAGCUAUCUUUAACAAGUCUGCCUUCCGGAGUCUCGGCAGAAAAGAAGGCUGUAGUUGUUUGGACACCUUCACUGGCACAAGACUAAUCUUAUAGAAGUCCCCUUUCCUGAGUAUCAAGCACAUAAAGUAAGAUGUGGCUAGGUAUGCCACAGUUAGUUGCCCUCUAUGUCAGUUACUUGCUGUUAACUCCAAGUGUUCUUGAGAUUGCUGAAUGUUGUGUGUGUGCUGGAACUCCAUCACAAUAUUUCGGUAUUCUGAGUAGGACUGCAAGAGACAUCUACUCCCAGGAUGUUUUCAAGACUGUUACAUUUGUGUUAAGUCAGUGCAAUAUAGUUUGUAGAUGUUAUACAUGACUUUUAACUUCAUGUUUUUAAGGCACAUUCUUAACAUGCAAUGAAGUCUCAGAUUGUUUUGCAUGUUCCUAGGAUAGCAUUCUGCUCACUAUGCAGAUUUAAAAAGGAGAACUGAUGUGGUAUGUGAGCAAAAUCAGUGACUUGAAUGUGGUGGAUUACUGCUAAAAACAUGUAAGAGCUACAGAAUGCUGCAACUUUCAAUACAAUACAGUACAGGUCAUCUGCUUUCUAAAAACUGCUGCUUUUGAAAUAUGUGGAGAUUGCUGACAGGACUUUCAGUACACACCUUCACAACAAGGCAGUGACCCACCACUACCUUUAUAGUAAACCUUGUCUAAACCAAGGAAAUUAGAAUAGUGUGAGCCAUUAGGCUCUCUCACAGUAUUCAGCGAGGCAUUUUGUAAUACGGCCUACAGGUUACAAUUUUUUUUAAAAUUCAUACUGUUUUGCCACAGGAUCAAAUAAUGCAUUUAAAAUUUAAGACUCAGGUGAAGCUUAAUGCAGGUGUCUCAUUAAUUCCUGUAAUACAAAAUUUUCUGUUGCUCUACACACAAUGGAUGUAAUGGAAAAUAAUACCUUGAUAGUACAAUAUUACAGUUUGAUUUUUUCUUUCUGUAAAGUCUUCGAAUGGCAAUGUGUGAGUUUGUGGAAGAAGUUACCACUAAAAUGAAAAUAUUCAUUUUAAAAAUUAAUUUUAUUGCUAAAAAAGUGUGUGGAUUAUGUGACAAAGUGCUUAUUUUAUCUGAUCAGCUAUGAGUAUGAGUGACUCAUUACAUAAAAGAGACAAUUACAUCUCAUGGACUCAUUUAAACAAUAAAUGACUGCAGAGACAAAGACUCAAAGAAAUCAAUAAUGUAAUUUGCUGCCACUUUUCAGUAAGUGGGAAAAUGAUUAAGGUACUAUAAAUUCUAGUCACUUUACCUGAGAAUUUGAACUGCAAUCAUGGGCACAGAACUUACUCAUAAUUUUAUACUGAUCCAGUGCUCUAAACGUAAUCUUUGUGCACAGUUCAUUUCAUGCCAGUGCAACAGUUCUGUGACUAUUCACAUCAACUACUCCUGACUGUAUGAGUAUCAGCUUUGUGCAAAGUGUUUAUAUACUGACAGUUUUAGUGUUUUAUCUGAGGUACUCUCUGAACAAGAAAGCAGCAAGAAGAAAUCCUGUGCCUCUACAGUGCAAGAAAUUUUUCUGAGUACAACUGUCAUCUUUCAAAACAGUAAUAUUUGUGAACUUAUUUGAUUGUACCUUCUAGCAAAUGAGUUCUAGGACUGACAAUCAUGUACAUGCUAUUUAAUACAUUUUGUUUUGUGCUGUGAAACCAGAUUCUUUUCUGUAGUAGUGUCAUUUUUCAUAUUUUGCUUGAAUCUAUCCGAGUGUUACAUACACGUGAUUAAGUUUUGUUUUGUACCAACUAAUAAAUAUGUUUGUGAGGUUUGGAUAAUGUUACUCCACAUUUGCAGUUAACAUUACAGCAGAACUGUGAUAACUGGGUGAGACUAACAAGACUUUAUUGUGGAAUUCUGCAUUAUAGGUAACCUCUAAACCAACUAAUUUUUAUAAUAUUUUUCUCGUUGCUGCAUUAAUAGAAUGAGUGCAUCCUGGAAAGAUUAGUAUUACUCAAUGUGUUACUGGUAUUAGUUAUCUGUGUUAGUCUCAAGAUGUUUCAUGCAUUUAUCUUUUGUUGGACAAUUCAUUUUACUAUUGUAGAUUUCUAAGCUGAAGUAAAAGUAUUUUUCAAAAUGUGUCGUUUAGUCUCUCAUUACAGGGAAAAUAACUCAAGGACCACAAAGUUUGUUAUAAAAAAGGUUUAUACCUAUUACAAAAACUAACUCUGCACCCAGGCCCUGAACAUCAGGUACACACCAUAAAAAGAAGGAUAUUUAUGUUUCAGGAACAUGAAAAUAUAAGUAGCAGCAACUUAUUUUUUGAAAGGUUAUUACCUUCAUGAUAUCUGCUCAGUAAGUGUGCAACAUAUGGCAGUGUGAUUAAUUAACGUGUAACAGAUCUACUGAAAGAAAAAGGCAUGGUACUUAAAAUGAUAGCAAUAAAAAUAAUCAAAGAAUGGUCUUUUGAUGCACCUCCAACAGAGAUAAAUAGCAGCAUGUUCAUCAAACUAUUAUCAUAACAUAGAAAAGUUAGGUUUCAAGGCAAAAAAUAUGGAAAUUUUGUAAUAAUUGAUGGAUGACACUGACUCACUUUAUUUUUAAAUAGCCAAAAUGGAAAAAAAUGAUUGAAAAAAGUAGGGGUAUUAAUGUUUUGGAAAUACUUAUAGUACUUAUAAAAAUGUUUUUGAGAAUUUGUAUAAAUUGAUUUUCAACAGUUAAUAAGAUUAUCAUUUAGCUAUGUAGAAAAUGGUUUCACUGCACAUCAACUUAAUAAAAUGAGAUUAAAUAUGUGUUUGAUUCAACCCUCAUUGAAUACAGCAUACUGAAGUACCUGUAUAAAGUACGUUCUGGAAUUACCAAAAAACGUAUGUAGCUGAUUUGUGGUGACUAAGAUUCAUUUCCUUAUGAUGAAACAGAAGCUCUGAGUGUUUAAGAUAAUACAUCAGCCCAGCAGCUGUAAACAGAGCUUUGGGGAAUUGUGAAACAUUUGUUUUAUAUAUAUGUAUUUCUCAGCUUUGUGGAAGUAAUGACAAAAUCUUCAAAGGUUGACUAUAGAUAAAAUAAACCCCAAAAAUGUUUUCAACACAGUUUUGAAAAGUCAUGAAAAAUCAUGAUUGUUCAUCUUGUCUCUUCAAAUGAAUUUAUAUAUGCAGAACAUAAUCAUGCCUUAUAUGGCAGUUUCUAAAUUUGAAAUAACCAACAUCAGAAAUAAAGCUUGGCAAUAUGUGAGACAGGAAAGAUGUAUGUACCCAUCCAGCAGUGAAACAAUAACAUUCAGAGCAGUGUUGACAAGAUACAGAAAUUAAUAAACAGUAAUAAGAUCUCUCAAGGCUCCAAAAUUUCAGUAGUAGUUCUUUUGUCCGGAAGGAAAGCUGUGCAAGAAAUGCUGAAGGAAAACAUGCAAGAAUCUGACCCAAUUUUGUUUUCUUUCAUUUCCUCCUCAACCCCCUUCCCUCACACCCAGCCCUGCAAGUGAUGUUGUGCAGUGGUAAGAUAUUUGACUUGUAUCCAGGAGGAUGGCAGCUCACUGUCAGGCCAUUUGCAUUUAGGCUUUCCGUGCUUUCUAUAGAUCAUUUAAGGCGGAUGCCAGGACAGUUCCUCUGCAAAGAAUGCAGCUGAUAUCCUUCCCUAUCUUUCACCAAUGUGUUCUUAUACCCUUAUCUUUAAUGUCUCAUCAUCAAUGAGAUAUUAAACCCUAACCUCCCUUCUUUGGUUUUUCAUUCUCAUUUACAACUUGUACUUUCUUGACAGUUUUUAGCUAUUAUCUUUGGGUUCUAUUUUAGCCACAUCUUAUUUAUUAGUGUUUUGGGAAAUUACUCCAUCACAUUAUUACUUCUGAUAAUAUGACCAUUGAUUCUCACUAUUAAUUUAAAGUAACUUCUCCAGCCAUAACUCACGGAUGAUAUUCAUAGUGUUUUAAAAGUGUGGAAGCAGUAUCUGUUUUCUCCUCUGGUAUGAUUUUGUGGUUGUCAUUUCUGAUAAGAAUGUUCCUUUUUUGGUGCUGAGUAAGUAAGGAUUGAGCUUUUACCUCAUAGUUGCAUGCCAGUGUUUAUUUACUCUCCUUCCACCCUGUUGCUGUGACACACUCUUUCUCCAAAAAAAUGAGUGAAUUUGCAUUUGACCAGUGAUUAUCUCUCUCUCAUAACAUUCACAGUGUGAGAGGCAUUUAUGAGCUCUCAUUGAUUCAAACUGUGAUGGUUAUGUGUCUUAUUUUGUUGAAUCCCAAAUUCUUAUCUUGAUUCAUCAGCUUAAAUGUUGUUUUUUUUUGCAUUCCUUAAAUCAUUGUAAAAGUUGCUACCAUCACAGAGGCCACUACCAGAUGUUUUUUCUGAGAUUUUGAGAGUAUUAUGAAAGUAUUUCAUUUAUUUCUAUCUUAGAACAUGAGAUCACAAAGUAAAUUAUGCCCCUCAGAAACUACAUAACAUUUGUGGAGUGUCAGAAAACCUAUUCAAUAAAUUAAACAUUUAUUUCUCUUCUGUAAAUGUAUAACUUACAUUCCAAAGCCAUUCACGGUGUACAGUGGCAAUAUGUGAAGGGCACCUUUUUCUCAUGGUAUGAUCCUGCUGGUGGAUGUGGUUGGAUUUUGACUUCUAGCCAUUCAGACUUGAAUGUUCCAUCAUGAACUGACCAUAAAACUGCUACACAAAUAAUGAAAAUUUUCUCAUAAUUGUAGUGUAACAGGCACAUUUUGGUUCAUAUAUCUAACAGUGGUUGGUUUUAUAAGUUUUAGUCAGAAUAAAAUUGUACAAUUCAUGGAGCUUUGGAUGCCUUAAAGUAAAACUAUAUUUGAAAACAAAAGUUUCAAAAUUGUAUGAUACUGAUUUUCAGAAAGACAGGAAUAUUUAACAAAAAGACCAUACACCUGCUGAUGAUGUUGAACCUAAAUUAAAUUCAAGCAUCGGCAUUGGUAAAUUAUCUAUAUCACUGUUUUAUUUUUAUUUCAACAGUUAAGCAAAAACUGUAAAAAGCUGAAAAUAUUGGAUUUACUGUGAUCUUUUGAUACUUUCUGUACUCUGUUUCAUUAUCUAAAUAAAUAGUGGUGAUAAUAAGUCCAAAUUUAUAUUGUAAUUCCUUGAAUGUGUUCUCAUAUUUUUUUUGUGCAACAAACACAUAUUUAUUGGUACAUUUUAUUACUAUUCUCAGAAAUUUGACUGACAUUUGCAUCUAAAUUUUUUAAGAACAUAUUUGUAUGUGAUGUAAGAGAGACUAUUUGCUUAACUACAUCUGCAAUUUAAGAGGCUGAUUGUUGUUUGAUAACUAUCUUGAGAUAGAAUGUUGAGCCUGCCCAUGAAAUUUCACCUUCAAUCUCUUAACUCUUCACAUUUGUAAACUGUUCAGCGUACAAUGAAAGUACUGUCCUAGAACAAGGUAAAUGAUUGUUUUUACUAAUAUGGGAAUUGCAAGUAGUGUGACCAAUCAAAGGAGAAUGAUGAAAACAAGUCUCAGUUGGAUAAAAGUAGUGAAUGACUAACCAUAACUAUAAUUCUUUGGGUACAGCUAAAAACUGCCAGAAUGAUCUUGCUGUUCAUUUUUUUUUUUAACCCACAUAUCUUUAACAUUUUUCACUGCAGCUGUUAUUUUUAUAUUUCUUCCUCUGAAGAUGAAUGUCUUGUUUAAUUUUGUUACUGUUAAGUUCCUAGUGAAACAAAAAGAAACUUUUUAGACAAAUGAUGUUUAUUCAGCAGUGUUAAUGUGAAUUAAAAGAACCAUAUGAACUGCUAAACUGUACAUUAUACAGAAAACUUUGGCUAUGACAUUAGUUCUGCCAAGAACUUAGCAAAGACUUGAGUUGUGAUCUGAAAUGAUCUUAACUUUGAUGUGAAAUAUUGUAAUCAAAUUUUGAGAACUGUUUCAACGAAAAAUAUAAACUUUUAUAUACCAUAUCUAA